CGGCCCGGAGCCGGCGGAGGUCAGCGCGUCGCGGGAGGCCGGCGGUCCGCUGCCGCCGUCAUGUCCGAGGACCCGAGCGCCCUGCCCUGGUCCAUCAACAGGGACGACUACGAGCUGCAGGAGGUGAUCGGGAGUGGAGCAACUGCAGUGGUCCAAGCAGCGUACUGUACCCCUAAAAAGGAGAGAGUGGCGAUCAAGCGGAUAAAUCUUGAGAAAUGUCAGACAAGCAUGGAUGAGCUCCUGAAGGAAAUCCAGGCUAUGAGUCAGUGCCAUCAUCCCAAUAUCGUGUCUUACUACACCUCGUUUGUGGUCAAAGAUGAGCUGUGGCUGGUCAUGAAGCUGCUGAGCGGAGGUUCUGUUCUGGAUAUCAUCAAGCACAUUGUGGCAAAGGGCGAGCACAAGAGCGGUGUCCUGGACGAGCCCACCAUUGCUACGAUACUCCGAGAGGUCCUGGAAGGGCUGGAGUAUCUGCACAAGAACGGACAGAUCCAUCGAGAUGUGAAAGCUGGAAAUAUUCUUCUUGGAGAAGAUGGAUCAGUACAGAUCGCAGACUUUGGAGUUAGUGCUUUUUUAGCAACCGGUGGUGACAUCACCCGGAACAAAGUGAGGAAGACGUUUGUCGGCACCCCUUGCUGGAUGGCACCUGAGGUGAUGGAGCAGGUCCGAGGUUAUGACUUCAAAGCUGAUAUCUGGAGUUUUGGGAUCACAGCGAUCGAACUGGCCACAGGGGCCGCCCCGUAUCAUAAGUACCCGCCAAUGAAGGUUUUAAUGCUGACGCUGCAGAAUGAUCCUCCGUCUUUGGAAACUGGUGUUCAAGAUAAAGAAAUGCUGAAAAAAUACGGAAAAUCAUUUAGAAAAAUGAUUUCAUUGUGCCUUCAAAAAGAUCCAGAAAAAAGACCAACAGCAGCAGAACUGUUAAGGCACAAAUUUUUCCAGAAAGCAAAGAAUAAAGAAUUUCUUCAAGAAAAAAUAUUGCAGAGAGCACCUACCAUUUCUGAAAGAUCUAAAAAGGUCCGGAGAGUGCCGGGUUCCAGUGGCCGCCUUCACAAGACGGAGGACGGAGGCUGGGAGUGGAGCGACGACGAAUUUGAUGAAGAAAGUGAGGAAGGGAAGGCAGCCAUCUCGCAGCUCAGGUCUCCCCGAGUGAAAGAAUCCUUAACGAAUUCUGAGCUCUUUCCAACAACGGAGCCCGUGGGUACUUUGCUGCAAGUUCCGGAGCAGGUUUCUGCGCGUCUACCUCAGCCAGCUGCACAGAUGCCCACGCAGCCCACUCACGUCCCUCUCCCGCCCCCCGCAGAAGCAGCACAGACGGCUCAGGCUGUGCCUUCGGGAGCAAGUUCGCAGGAAGUCAAGGUCCCCAUCAGCCUGGUACUGAGAUUGAGGAAUUCCAAAAAGGAACUAAAUGAUAUCCGAUUUGAAUUUACUCCUGGGAGAGAUACGGCGGAGGGUGUCUCUCAGGAGCUGAUUUCUGCUGGCCUGGUUGACGGAAGGGAUUUAGUAAUAGUGGCAGCUAAUUUGCAGAAGAUUGUAGAAGAACCUCAGUCGAAUCGAUCGGUCACUUUCAAACUGGCAUCUGGAGUGGAAGGCUCAGAUAUCCCUGAUGACAGCAAACUCGUCGGAUUCGCCCAGCUCAGCAUCAGCUGAGCCGCAGCCCUGGAGGAGCGGCCGCAGGAGAUUCCACACGUGUGCAUACCCCGUUGCUUCUGUUGGCCUAAACCCUCUUCUGCCAAAGAACCCAGCAGCAACCCUCCGGCUCGGCACGUUAGCGUCCUCUGUUCUUCCUGCUGUUGUCGUCCCCUUCGUCCCCCAGGGAAAGAAACGUCGGGUCCCCAGUGGCCAGCGUCCCCUCACAGAGUUCCGUUCGUCAGUGUCCUGCACCUGUCCCCGUCUUCCUCCAUCUGAGAAGUGGCCCAGGAGGGCGAUCUGCGAGCUCACUCUUGCCUUACUCCAGUGCUGGCCCGGGUGGAAGGGAGCAGCUCCCUUGGGCUUCCUCGGCCCGCCUGGUCACGCACGCCUGCCAGGGGUGGCUGUCUUGGGCCACUCUUUACCACUGCAGUAGCAAUUAAAAGUUGACUGUUCAGCUGGAGCCCAGAGAAUUCAAUGCAGUACUUUUUUCUUUGUAUCUGAUGUGAAUUCGAGCAACCUUUGUUAGGAAAAAGCACAGCCUCGAUGGAGGCGGCCUGAACUGUGUUCCUGUCUACCCCUGGCGUGUCUCAGCGUUUGCUGCGGCUGCCCCGGGCAGCCCUUCCUCACUGCCCCUCAGAGAGGGUUGCUAGCCUUAACUUCAGCUGGUGCGGACUGCAGCCGCAGGCUCCUCCCACGCGGAGCUGCCGGCCGUUUUUCACGCAGUGUCAGGAAUGGCUUGGAAAAGCGAACUGCCAGAGGUGGUUUUGGACAGGAAAAACUCCGAUCAUCGGGAAGUAUUUAUGUUCAAGUCUUGAGAAAUUGGAUUGAAGAAAAACCGCGCCUGCCCUAGGUCCUGCAGUGGGAAGCAGUUCACCUGGCCUGCGGGUCGUGGGGAGGCGGGCGUGCGAGGCUCGGGCUCCCACAGCAAUAAAGAGCCACGCUGCGCCAGAGGCCAGAGAGGCCAGAGGGGCCUGCCUGCUGCCCUCCUCCUGCACUGACUCCUCGGAGGGGGACGCGCGCCCACCGCACUCGACGAACAGCGAAGCCACAUGUGCCGUGACCUUUAGGGUUUCUCAGUAGACAGUGUUCAUUUGAUUUUCUACAGAAAUAAUAUAAAUUAUUCUUUAGGCUUAGAAAGGGGCACUCAUAAUGCAAUAUGUGAAAUACCCCGCGGGGUUGGCUUUUCUCUUUCCUGCUGGUGCGCAGUCAGCCUCCUGUCUGAUUGCUGGUAACCCUGCCACGUCUUCUGUAUGAGUGGGACACAACCUGGCCUUAAGAAGACGCGCGCCUUUGGCCGCGGGCCUGCGGCGAAGGAAGACAACUUCCACAGGGUCACUCGCGCCCUCGCCAGCUUGGCCUGAACAAGCUGACCUGCCACACCCUGUCUCGUUCUCUGAGUCUGUGGCUUUGGUCCUAGGCUUUCUCACCUGCCCUGGGUGCAGAGGCAUGUUGGGAAAGGGCUGAAUGUUGUGCAGGGGGUGGGGGGAGGGGAGAAGCGAUGGGUUUGGGAUGUGGGUUAGAGGGAGAGUAGAUCAGAGGACCAGAAACCGAAGUCCGAGGUCCAGCAGGAUUGGUAAGAGUGGGAAGUCUGCUGAGCCGGUGGGUGGAGAGGAGAUGGACUAGUGGCUGGAAGUACUUAGCAUUGUUUACCUUUUCCUUUUAGGGUGGGGGUGGGGAAGCCAGGACAGGGAGGUGGGGAUGAGUAUGGGGCUCGCCUAGGAGUGUGCAGUUUAGUUUCAAACAAACCUAUUGUAAUCGAUUGACUUAGGAACGCCAGGGUGGUGGCGUCCCAUUUGGAGGUGAUCUGGCACCAGGCUGGGAGUGCUGGCUCUGUCGCCUUGUCAGCGGGACAGCAGCAGUGGGCCGGGCGCUCCUGCCUGCGGGGGAUUCGGAGACGGCAAGUCCCAGCAGGCAGUGAGGCUGAGAGGCAGGCGGGCAGCAGCUGCCCGGGGCCUGGUGAGUGAUGGCGCUGCCCCCGGGGUUCAGCUGGCCUCACUGCGCCAGGUCCCUGGCGUGGGGGCUGACUGUGGCACAGGUAACGCGUGCCAGUGCCAUCUGUGAAAUGCCCGGUCUGUGUAAGUGACUAGCGGAUUUGUUUGAGUUUUUUGCUUAAGUUUUGAACCAAACCCUAGGGCCAGCUGAUAGUACGUAAUGAUCUGGAGGCUCCCCCUACGACGCGUCGCUCGGUUACGGAAGAUGUAAAAUAUCCAACCCCCUCCCCCCCUUUUUGACUUUGUAUUUUACUGCAUGUUUUCUUCAUUUUUAAUCAAUAAAGAGUAAAUUGUCUUUA